AUGGCUAAUAACAGCGCGAGUACCAUCUAUGUGAUCACAGGUGGGAAUAGGGGUCUCGGCCUCGGGCUUGUCAAAUCGCUUCUUGCCCGUACCAACACUACAGUUAUUGCAACUGUUCGCAACGAUGAAGCAGCUUCGACGCUUCAAGAAGAGACAGCGACGGACCAUAAGGGACCGGGUAGCAUUCUACUCAUUGCACAGUUGGACUUCUCAGCCGUCAGCUCUCCUGUUACAAUUCGAGAUGCGUUCAAGUUCGACAUAGACCACGUUGAUGUUCUCAUCAAUAAUGCUGGGGGCACAUUCCCUAUGGUCCCGGCGGCGGAGACCACAGCACGCGAUCUCCGUGCUGCUUUCGAAGUCAAUACAAUAGCCCCCUUGCUUGUCUUCCAAGCACUAUGGCCACUCUUGAAGAAGUCUCAGGCGCCGAAGCUCAUCAUGAUGACAUCGUCUGUUGGUAGCAUUGGAGAGAUGGAACCGGUCCCUGGCGGUGCAUAUGGUCCAAGCAAGGCCGCUCAAAACUGGCUCACUAGGGCCCUGCAUCUUGAGACCAAGAACAGCGGUCUCGUUACAAUUGCUCUUCAUCCGGGCUGGGUGCAGACACGUGCGGGCCAAUUCGUCGCAGAUCAGUGGGGAUUUCCUUCUGGCCCUCCAGAUACGAUCGAGUCGAGUGUCGAAGCAAUACUGAAGAUUAUUGAUGAGGCAUCUGAGGAGACAUCAGGAAAGUUCAUCACUCAGCAGGGUCAGAUAUUGAGAUGGUAA